AUGGUGCGCUGGUUGGGUUUCCUGUGGAUCGUAGUGGGAGCUGGAAUCCGGGCCAAGAAUCGUGUCGACUGGCCGUGGGAGGAGCAUCCCGUCAGCUCAAGCGAUGAGGUUCAGAGGCUCCUGGCCACGAUGCUGGCAGAGACCACGGCUGAGGCGACGGAAGAGGCCGGGGAUGUUGAGGCACAGCACCCCAUGCUCAGAGAGGUGGUUGCAAACAUCCGGGAAAACUGGCGGAGCACCAGUGCAAGCACUUGCCAUCAGCAGCUCGGGAAGGUGAUGAACAACUUCAGUCUUGCAUGCCAAGGAUUGCGGCCCAACGCCGACUGGCUUCUCGACUACUACGUCCCUGUCCUCCCGAACAAGACCUGUGCCGAAAGCAUCGGCGACAUUUUCGCAUUGGGAGACGACCUGGUCGAGACCCUCCGUAUCUCCAGAAAUGCGAUAGCCUCUUUGGAUGUAGACGACAGGACACUCCGUCGAUAUCAAGCGCUUUCCUUUUUGAGAAACUGGCUUGUGAAUCUCACUCGGACUGAUGAUCAGGCGCUGCUUUGGGCGGGGUUCUGGGAUGGUGAUCCCCAGAAUCGCGCGACACAGGCGAAGCUCUCCAACUUUGCCAGAGCGACGGAACACUCGACCAUGCACCCGAACACUUUCCUAGGCCAAGCAAUCGAGGCGAGCCAGGACCUCGACGCCUGCUACAAGCAGGCCACGACCAACACACUCGCAGAAAACAUGUGGUCCAUUGCAAGCAUGAGCUUCGUUCUAGGGAUGCGCGACAAGGCACAGGGGACGGUCAUCGCGCUGGUCAACAAGCAGAUCACGGGCGAGCGUAACUUGUCAGAGUCCGUGCUGUCCACUCAUGAAAUCCCCACAGUGGGGCUCGCAGCCUGGGGCCUCGGGUUCUGGUCUCCGAAAGUGAUUCUCCUGGACCUUAUGGGUACGUGCUACAAAACAAGCCCAAUUCUGCAGAAGCAGCUUUUCGCCCGCCUGCGACUUUGGGCGAAGUCGAUGACGAACUGGAGCCCAGCAGCAUUCGCAAAGAGGUCACGGCUCCAGUGGCAGUGCAUCGAUUGCUCGGGUGCUUGCAGCCUGGAUGAGGACUUGGCGGAGCACGUGCAGCAGCUGGUCAAGGCCAAGGAUGAGCAGGACCGGAAGGACCGGGAGCUCCGACAGGUCGCGAGCCCUCUCCUGGCAGUCGCAGAAGAGGAAGGGUUAAACUACUGGGAGGAACUGACUGCUGCCCACAAGCUGAUGGGGAGGCUCUGGAACAAUCCGGAGACCAGGAGAAAGGCCCAAGAGCUGAAAGACUUCUACUUGUCUCUGCACAUGGAGGACCUGGCAGACCUACGCAAAGCGGAGCAUGCGGUUCCGAAGCUCCACGUCCAAGCCAGGCUGCGUCGAGUGGAGCACCUGCUCCACCAGAAUGCUGAUCCGAACGCUCCGGACAGGCACGGCAACACAGCCCUCAUCGGCGCUGCAAUCGAAGGACACCUGGAGUUGGUUGAGCCCUUGCUGAAGGCAGGGGCCCAGCUGGAGGCCCGCAAUGAUUUAGGCACCACAGCAUUCAUCUAUGCCGCGGCCAACGGCCAUCUGGCGAUCAUCGAGGCGCUUCGUAAGGCUGGAGCAGAGCCUUAG